AUGCAGACCAUCAUAUACCGCUACCGCAAACUGAUCAUUUCGGCGACCGCCGCUGUUGCACUCUAUGCCGUGCUGGGUUUUUUCUUAGCGCCGUGGCUGGUUAAAACCAAUGCGAUAGAUCUGGUGCGUAACAAUCUGAAUGCAGAAUUGCGCCUGCAAAGGGUCGCAAUCAAUCCCUUUGUAUUGAGCCUUACAAUUGACGGUCUUGAAUUUGAUGAUCCCAAAGGUAUGCCCUUUGCUCGGAUUGAGCAGAUCUUUGUAAACUUCCAGCUCAGCUCGCUGUUUCGAUGGGCCCUCUCGUUUGAUGAAAUCCGCGUCGACUCGCCGGAACUGUUCCUCUCUCGUGAUGACAACGGCGAGUUAAAUAUCGCCUUUUUGACGUCCGGGUCCAAAACGGCAUCAGAGGAGGAAACCGAAGCAGAAACAUCAUCAAUGCUGCCCCUGUUGGUGUUCAAUUUUGAGAUCAACAACAGCGUGUUGAACUGGAACGACCAGGUGCCGGCUGAUCCGGUAGAUACGCGAUUUGGCCCAGUAAAUAUUGCGGUCGCCGAUCUCAAUACCCUGUCGGAUCGAAUCGGACAGCAGAAGGUUGUGAUCGCAACUGAGCAACAGGGCACGCUCAGUUGGAGUGGAACGUUGCAACUCAAUCCACUUCUCUCUGAAGGCCGCGCUUCGAUCAAAGGAUCUCAUUUCCCCCUGGUGUCUGCUUACAUCAAGCACCAGAUUGGCUUCGAUAUUGUCGACGGCGUUGCUGAUAUCGAAUUGAACUAUCGCGUGGCCAGUCCGCCCGGCGGGGAGUUUGAGGCCACCGUUGACGACUUUAACCUGCAAUUCAAAGAUGUGCUCGUUCGUACAUUUGCCGGUGCAUCUGAUUUCGAUGAAGCCGAUAGCAGUCGCGAUGUUUUAAAGCUGCCAAACUUAGAGCUGACGGGUGGCGCCGUGCGUUGGCCGGAAAAGAUAGUUUCCGCAGAUGGGUUUACCAUCAGCGACGCGCUGCUUAGUUUGUUGCGCGAUGAAACCGGUGCACUCGAUGUUGUGCCGCAGCGAGCAGCUGAUCCAGAACCCGUUGCAGAAGUAGACCAAGGCUCAGCUUGGCGCGUUUCCUUAGACCGGCUUGCCGUCAGAGGAACGUCAAUUCAUCUCGAAGAUCAAAGUGUUUUGCCGGUUGCGCAUAUGGGCGUUACUUCGUUGAGUAUUGAUGUCACUGAUAUCAGCAACGAACCUGGGAGCACGUUUCCGACCAAGCUGGCAUUGCUUUCUGAGCUGGGCGGCACCGUGACGGUCGAUGGGGCAGUCGCAAUUCUGCCCACUCUCCUGGUUGACCUCGCGGUGGCAAUAGAAAAUCUUCCGUUGGCCGCAUCUCACCCCUAUAUAAAGCCGUUGGCAGACGUCAGCCUGGACUCGGGUAAUCUUGAGCUAUCCGGACGACUUCAAAGCUCGGCCGCUGACCCACUGAGAUUUGAUGGCGAACUUGCCGUUCUUGAUUUUCUCAUAACAGAAACCGACGCGGGGUCUCGACUCGGCAGUUGGGGUCGCUUUGCAGCAAAAGAGAUUGCAUUCAGUAGUGCUGGCCAGUUACUGAGCGUGGCCGAGCUCCAACUUAACCAAGCGUAUGGUGAUAUCCGGAUCGCGGCAGACGGGAGCAUCAAUCUCGGCCGCGUAGAAAAGUCUGAUGCGCCUCCCAGGGUUGAAUCAGACGGCGAUACCGCGCUGCCUCUGGCCAUCACUAUUGGAAAGGUUGUCAUUGAAGAGGCCGCGGUAGAUUUUGAAGAUCUGUCCCUGCCACUACCUUUCUCAGCCAAGAUUGCCGACCUCAAUGGUGGCAUGAGCACCAUUGCGACCAACAGUAGCGAGCCUUCAGCUGUUGAGCUUGAAGGCAAAGUUGAUGAAUUCGGUUUUGUCCGUGUUUCCGGAUCCGUUACACCGCUCGAAAUUUCGCGUGAUACAGAUUUGAAAGUCGCUUUUCAGAAUGUCGCUAUGCCUAAGCUUUCCGCUUACACAAUCCCCUUUGCAGGGCGGGAGAUCGAUAACGGCAAAGUAGACCUGGAUCUUGGUUACAAAGUUACCGCUGGCGAACUUGUGGGGGACAACAAUAUCGUUUUGCGUGAUCUGCAAUUGGGUGACAAAGUUGAGCACCCCGGCGCGAUGAACCUACCCCUGGGACUGGCAGUUGCGUUGUUGAAGGAUGCGGAUGGCAAUAUAGACAUUGAUUUGCCGGUUAGAGGCAAUGUCGACGAUCCAGAGUUUCAAAUCGGCGGCGUUGUAAUGAAGGCGUUAGGGACCCUCAUCACGAAAAUUGUUGCAUCCCCGUUUGCAUUGCUCGGUAACCUUCUCGGGGUUGAGGCGAGCGAACUGGAAUACCUUACCUUUCUGCCCGGCCGUGCAGAUCUCACACCACCGGAAAUCGAGCGGGCAGGAAAACUGGCUGAAGCGCUGGCGUUGCGCCCGGAACUUGCGCUAGAGCUGCGCGGCGCCAGUAACAGCGCAGCCGACGGAUUGGCUUUGAAAGCCGCGAAGCUGGACGCACUGAUCGAGGCGCAAGUAGCCGACGCCACUGCAGGCGACAUGAAAACGAUCGUUACAGUGGAGCGGCAGACGCAAAUUCUUGAAGACAUUUUCUUAUCUAUGCCAUCAGCCGCUGAGUCGCCUGCAAAUCUUGACGCGCUGCGAUCCCAAUAUACGACCGUGUCUCCAGAAACAGAGGACACCGUAUUUGACUCGGUAGCCUAUAGUGCUGAGCUGCGUAGACAGCUUAUUGAGCGACAGGCUGUGACAGAUGCUGAACUUACGGUGCUUGCGAAUCAGCGUUCUGCGAAUACGCGCGAUGCAAUCACUGCGAUAGCGCCGGAUCUCGUGAGACGAAUCGUUGUUGGUGAACCGGAACCCGGCGAGCUCAGCGAUGACAAAAUGGUGCGCAUGAAAGUCACCCUGAGCGUGAGCAGCGAAAGCGACUGA